CCUCGCCCUCCGCCCCCGAGCUUGCACCGCGUAGGCCGCCCCUCCCUCCGCGCGCACUCCGCAACGACCCCCGGCCGGCCCCCCCCCCCGUUCGAAUUUAAAGGGGGCGCAGCAUUAACGUCCCCCGCCUCAGGUGACCUCUCAGGGGUCUCCCCGCCAGAGGUGCCCCGCCGCCAAGGAACAUGGCGAAGGUGGAGCAGGUCCUGAGCCUCGAGCCGCAGCACGAGCUCAAAUUCCGAGGUCCCUUCACUGAUGUUGUCACCACCAACCUAAAGCUUGGCAACCCAACAGACCGAAACGUGUGUUUCAAAGUGAAGACCACAGCACCACGUAGGUACUGCGUGAGGCCCAACAGUGGGAUCAUUGAUGCAGGGGCUGCGAUUAAUGUAUCUGUGAUGUUACAGCCUUUCGAUUAUGACCCCAAUGAGAAAAGUAAACACAAGUUUAUGGUUCAGUCUAUGUUUGCGCCAACUGACACUUCUGAUAUGGAAGCAGUAUGGAAGGAGGCAAAACCGGAAGACCUUAUGGAUUCAAAACUUAGAUGUGUGUUUGAAUUGCCAGCAGAAAAUGAUAAACCACAUGAUGUAGAAAUAAAUAAAAUUAUAUCCACAACUGCAUCAAAGACAGAAACAUCAACGGUGUCUAAAUCUCUGAGCUCUUCUUUGGAUGAUACUGAAGUUAAGAAGGUGAUGGAAGAAUGUAAGAGGCUGCAAGGUGAAGUCCAGAGGCUGCGGGAAGAGAACAGACAGUUCAAGGAAGAAGAUGGACUUCGGAUGAGGAAAACGGCGCAGAGCAACAGCCCCAUUCCUGCAUUGGCCACGGCAGGGAAGGAGGAGGGCCUCAGCACCCGGCUGCUCGCGCUGGUAGUCCUGUUCUUCAUCGUCGGUGUCAUCAUAGGGAAGAUCGCCUUGUAGAGGCAGCAUGUGGAGGGGGGUCGAUUGGAUUGAUGGAUCCGCCGUAUCAUGGGAUUUAAAUUUAUCAUAACCAUGUAUAAAAAGAAAUUAUGUAUGAUGACAUCUCACAGGUCUUGCCUUUUAAAUUACCCUUUCCUGCGCCUGCGAGUGCACCCAUACACAAAUGUAACACAAUGUAACAAUCUUUUAGAAAGAUACAAAUGCAUAAUACAUGAUGGGGAAAAGAAUGAUCUUUGUUAAUGAUAAGGGAAGCCAUGAUUAAGUGGUAAUGGCAUGUUGUAAAUGUCAUUUUAAACAUCCGUAGCCUCGGUCCAUGUCGCUGGUUACCUCUCUGAAAACACGACUCUCUUCCUUGCCUGGGUGCCGGCCUGGGAGCCAGAGCCCAGCGUGGUGGGAAUACCAUCCCUCCACAGUCAGCCCACGCUGCUCGCUCGCUCCCAGGCUUCUUGUCCGUGUGAUGCCCGGGCCAUCAGUUCCUUGGGACUGAUGAGCAGAGUCAGCCGCCGAGAAUUGUGCUGUGGCGGCAUGGGCAGGGUACGGGACACGGGUGGGCAUGGGCACCGAUUGGCCCAUACUUUGGAAGGAAAAGCCAGUGCUUUGUUCUCUUAAAGGGACCAAGCUAAAUUCCUGUUGGUUCACGUCGUGUGAUUGAACUGUAUUCGGAGAUGUUUAAUGCAUAUUUAACUUAUCUAAUGUAUUUCAUCUCAUGUUUUCUUGUCACAAGAUUAUAGUUAAUGCUGUGGCCUAAAAAUCACCUGUGCUACAUAAUGCCGCCGUUGAAGCUGGCAUUAUGGCCAGAGGGCUGUGGACUCUGCAUACGAAUAUACAGACGUGUGGUUCAUUUGAAUGUUGGAGAACAGCAGCCAGGAAGUAUUUUUCUGUGUAAAAAAUUAACAACUAUCAGAGGGAGGAAAAUUUGUAGUAGCAACAGUAAACUCGAUUGUACCCUUUUUAAUGGAGAAGAGCAGCCGAUCUUUUAUAUUGUUCUCUCACUGCCCACCCCUCAGCCAGCACUCACACUUCCAGCACAGGAACCCCAAGCCUGGUCGUGAUCUGACCUUACAGAUCCAGCUGGGGAUCAGGCAGUGAGUUAGGCAGCAGAGGGUUAGGCGAGGGAGUCAGCCGCCGGGGCAGGGAGGGUUGCGUGAGGGGCUCUGCAGGUAGUCCAUCUAGCACGUGGUAACUGAGAGUUUGACUGUGGAAUCAUUUUAUGCCGUAAAAGACCAACCCAAUUCUGUUUGACUAUGUAGCAUCUUAAAAAGAAAAAAAGUAAAAUAAAUCCCCAAAAUUCAGA